GAUGUGGUGUCGUUAGAAAGCCCAAUGGAGCCCAGCCCAAAGAAAAAGAGCGGGAAAGGACUUCUAAUGCUUCUGGCAUAAAGAUGUACGAAAUCCUUCGGAGAAGCCACAAUCCCCAACACGAAGCGCCAGCGCAAAUGAUAUGGAGUCUACUCUCAAAAAAUUUUUUGGUUAUUCCGAGUUCCGUCCUUAUCAAAAGGAGGUCAUUCAUCAAAUUAUAGACAAAAGGGACUGCCUAGUUGUCAUGGCUACUGGUAGUGGAAAAUCUUUAUGCUAUCAGCUUCCUCCUUUGCUUACUGGAAAAACGGCCGUAGUCGUUAGCCCUCUUAUAUCUUUGAUGCAAGAUCAGGUGAUGAGUUUAAAACAAAGGGGCAUCAAAGCUGAGUAUCUUGGCUCUGCUCAGACUGAUCCUACUGUCCAGACAAAAGCUGAGACUGGUCAUUUUCAUUUAUUGUUUAUGACUCCAGAAAAAGCAUGCUUAAUUCCCAUAAGUUUUUGGUCAAAAUUGCUGAAAGUGGGCAUUUCUCUGUUCGCUGUUGAUGAAGCACAUUGCAUAUCACAAUGGGGCCAUGAUUUCAGGGUCGAAUACAAGCAGUUAGACAAGUUACAUGAUACUCUCAUGGAUGUUCCAUUUGUUGGCUUAACUGCAACCGCUACUGAAAAGGUCCGCAAUGACAUUAUGAAUUCCCUAAAAAUGAAGGAUCCUUAUGUUGCCAUUGGAUCAUUUGAUCGCAAAAAUCUCUUCUAUGGUGUGAAAGUUAUUAAUCGGGGUCAGUCAUUUGUGGAUGAGCUUGUGAAAGAAAUUUCAGUGUUUGUAGCUAAUGCUGGUUCAACUAUUAUUUACUGCACGACAAUCAAAGAUGUUGAGCAGAUUUUCAAGGCACUUUUGGAGGUGGGAAUUGAGGCUGGAAUGUAUCAUGGUCAAAUGGGAAGUAAAGCUCGUGAGAAGUCUCACAGAUUAUUUAUUACGGAUGAACUCCGUGUUAUGGUUGCCACUGUAGCUUUUGGCAUGGGUAUUGAUAAGCCUGACAUAAGGCAUGUGAUACAUUAUGGUUGUCCAAAGAGUUUGGAGUGCUACUAUCAGGAAAGUGGGCGAUGUGGUAGAGAUGGUAUAGCUUCCGCUUGUUGGCUUUAUUUUGCAAGAAGUGACUUUGCAAAGGCUGAAUUCUACUGUGGAGAAACCCAAACAGAGAACCAAAGAAAAGCUGUCAUGGAGUCACUGUUGGCUGCACAACACUAUUGCUUAUUGACAACUUGCAGAAGAAAGUUAUUGCUUAAUCACUUUGGAGAAAUAUAUUCAGCUGACAAAUGUGGAAAUUGUGAUAACUGCACAAUCUUAAAGAGGGAGCGGGACAUGUCUAAGGAAUCAUACAUAUUAAUGGCUUGCAUUCAAGCAUGUGGGGGUAAUUGGGGUCUCAAUAUGCCCAUAGACGUUCUUCGUGGGUCUCGAUCAAAAAAGGUUCUUGAUGCUCUCUUUGACAAGCUUCCACUUCAUGGACUUGGUAGGGAUCAUUCAUCAAAUUGGUGGAAAGCGCUGGCUUACCAAUUAAUCUCUUCUGGUUAUUUAAUGGAGACUGUCAAAGAUAUUUACAGAACUGUAAGUGUCAGUCAGAAGGGAAAGCAAUAUCUUAGUUUGGCAAGAUCUGAUCAUCAACCACCUUUAGUUUUGCCGCUAACCAGUGAAAUGAUUGAUGAAGAGGAACAUGAAAGCACAUCAAGCAAAAUUGGAGAACUGAAGAGUUUAGUGACAUUAGAACAUGAGGGAUUUUCAGAGGCUGAGGCACAACUCUAUCACAUGCUGUUAGAGGAGAGAAUGAAGCUUGCAAGAUUCUCUGGAACUGCUCCGUAUGCUGUAUGUGGUGAUCAAACUAUAAAGAAAAUUGCAUUAAUAAGGCCAUCUACUAAAGCAAGAUUGGCAAACAUCGAUGGUGUCAACCAGCACCUUGUAAUGACACACGGGAAUCAUCUUCUUCAAACUAUUAGGCAUCUUUCUCAAAAACUAAACCUUUCCCUGGAUGGCGAAGUAGGUUUACAGACUAUUUCUAUAAGAAAACCGCUGACGCCUGCAAAGUUUGAAGCUUGGAAAAUGUGGCAUGAAGAGGAUCUAUCAAUUCAGAAAAUUGCUAACUACCCUGGUAGGUCAGCUCCUAUAAAAGAACAAACUGUUGUCGAGUAUCUUUUAGAGGCUGUGCAGGAGGGAUUUGAGAUUGAUUGGACCAGACUGUGUGUUGAGAUUGGACUGACAAACGAGAUUUUGUUAGCCAUUCAGGGUGCAAUCUCAAAGGUUGGCUCCACAGACAAGUUGAAGCCCAUCAAGAAUGAACUACCAGAGGAUAUAAGUUACGCACAUAUCAAGCUUUUUCUGGCAAUGGAAAAAUGGGGGAAGUUGCAAGAAGUGAUGGCACCUAGCCACAACAAAGCUGAUGGAUUUCUGAGCGAGGCACCGCGAGAACAUUCUACUGAUGCAUGCCACAUUGAAGGACCUCAUGUAGUUGAAGAGUCGCCGAAGAAUAUGGUUGCUAAUUGUUCAUCUCACAAUAAUGAAGAAAGUGCCUCUCUUACUUCCACAAGUGUCAAGGGACCAAAGCUAGCCCAUGAUGAUGAUGAUGAACGCGGUUCAAUGAAACGCCAAAGAGUUGAAAAUGAAGCUGGAAGUUCCAGUGCAUUCAGAGCAACAGAGAGUUCCAUCUUAAACUUUAUUCAGGAGUAUGACGAGGGGGUUUCACUGUCUAAUAUUUUGGAAUACUUUGAUGGAUCGGAAGCGGGAGCUGUGAUUGAUCUGCUUACUUCCCUGGAAGAGAAUUCCAGCAGACAGAAGAGAAGAUGCAGUAAAGAGCAUGCUGUAUGAAGAAAGAGUUAGGGUGAUGUAUCCAGUUUAUGGUAGUGUUGGUCUCAUAGCCUCUCUGCAAUCCCAGG